AUGUGGGCGAUAGAGUAUCGAGAACAAGACACUGUUGAUGCGCUAGUCAAGGUUGGCGUCGACGUUAAUCAUGGAGCCGCAACUGGAGCGCGACCAACGCCACUUAUCCAAGCGGUGAGAAAAGAAGGAAAGGAAAUCGUGAAGAUGCUUCUGAGCUCUGACAAGCUCAAAGUCAACGCGCAGGACAAGACCGGGUGUACAGCUUUAAUGAUGGCCGUGACGAAUGAAAACUUGGACAUCGUUGAACUACUGCUCAGCGACGAGAGGACUGAAGUCAACGGGGAACCCACUGGAGAUUGGACGCCCCUAAUGGAAGCAGUAGCGGCAGGCUUCACGAGCAUAGUCAAGCUACUGAUUGGCGUUGAUAGGGUCGACGUUAACAUGAAGACCGAGCAUGGAAUGUCGGCACUGAUGUUUGCGGCAGUGAAGGGGCUUGAAGACGUUGUCGAAGUGUUGCUCACUAGUGACAAGAUUGAUAUCUCGGCGACAACUAAGUUUGGGGACACAGCGAUGAUGCUUGCGUCAAAGAAGGGACACGAAGAUGUGGUUGAGCUACUGCGAUCACGUUGGAUUCAUACUGACUCAGUCGUUCCUCUCGUCCGGGUACGGAGCUUUUGA